AUGACUGAACAGACGAGCAUUGAUCAACAGGAUCCUUACGCCUUCGAUUACAUCCUAGGGAGAGACUUGGGCGCAAUCAAGGGGAAUCAUACCUUACACCAGCCAUUGUCGCAGCUCCGCGAAUUCAAAUCCAAGGACUACAGUGAUGGUUUCUCUUACAAUGCCGAAGAUCUUUUAAACCCCUCAAGCCGAUUGUCCCAAAGGUAUCCCCAAGUGAGUAAGGUUCUUCGAGAGCGUCUAGGGGUAGCAUUUGGCAAACGGAAUAACGAAGAAUUCUCGAGGUGUAAUUGCCGGGACGAUUUUGGUCGCAGAUGCGACAGCGAAGUAUUUCAAAAACGCACCUGCACUUCUUAUGACGAUUUCAUCCGUUUGAGUGCUGAGGGAAGGACCACUGCCAAAGCGGUAUGCCUUUGUCCGGAUCUUACCGAGCGAGUGCAGAUAUAUGGGUUCAUAGGCGCAGGAACAUUUGGUGCAACGUUCAUUGCUCGCGAGAAAGGCGCUACUGGUGCUUCCCUAGAGGACCUUGAACAAUACGCAAUCAAAUCUCAAGUCCACACAACACAGUGGAUGGACACAUUAUCAGGUCUAAAUUCUCAGAUGGCGCCCUUCCGUGAGGCUAACGGAGCGAAACGGUAUAUACCAGAAGAAGCCCUCCUUCUAAUCUAUCUUGACGAUAGCAAAAGGUUCCCACGGCUCAACUCGGUCUACACUCACGGUAUGCUAACAGCAAUUCUCAUGACUCCCUGUGUUGACCCUAGCUAUGAAGCCGUUUCAAUUAUUGAUGAGGGUCAUUUUGACAGGAUCAAGUCGAAGGGGGAUAUACCGCCGCGCAUCCGAAAGAGAUAUCCCCCGUUUCCAGCUUUUGAUGGCAGCUACCUCAUGCCCACAACCAGCAAAGAACCUCAACUGGGGGAAAUAGAAGGCUGUAAAGUUGCUUCCCAACUUAUCCAAGCUAUGAUAGAGUUGGCUGAUAUGAAGGUCUGCCAUGCUGACAUGGCACUAACAAAUUAUCUCAUGGACCAAAACCUGAACGUUCAACUAAUUGAUCUUGGAAUGACCUACUUCUCGCUUCAGAAAUCAGGGUUUACAAGGAAUUUAGACUGCUUUAUCCCCUACCAUGAGUACCAGAUGAUGCCUGAGCGAGCCAUCGAACUGGAGAAGUACGACGCUUGGAGGGAUCCAUGCCAUGAUGAUAUCUGUGUCGAAACGAUCCACUUACCUGUCGAUGAGCGGGACAUUUGCGUGUGGAAAUAUUCAACACUCGUUUACGGGUUUCUGCAUGGCUUCUGGCCCUGGGAUGAGCCCGAACCAGUGCCGAAAAGUUUGCACUGGCAUGCUAGAUAUAAUGGUUGUUACAAUGAUUCGUUCUAUCCAGUAGUCAAACGCAGACGCAAGAGAAUGAUCAACGAGGAUGUAGCAAUCAGCGAAUCACUCUCACAGGACUGCAGGGAUGUCUUACAAGCCACAUUGGCUAGAGAAAAGUCCGAGCGGCCGUCGUUGGAAGAGCUAUCGUCAUUUCCUUGGUUUUCUCGCUGGUCUGCUGAAGAACUCGAGUCUGGUCGCCCUUUGAAAAGACCUUUCAUCAAGAAGUUCCAUGAUAACAACCGUGCAGAUGGCCGAAGGGGUUUCCCAUGGCCAAGUAUAUCAUUGGACCAAGGUAUGUCAUUCCCCAUCCUUAACAGCCCGACAUAUAAUUCUUCUGAUUACUCUGAAUCUUCUUCUGGUUCUUCUGAUUAUUCUACAUAUUCCGAUGAAUCUGAUGAUUAUGGGUAUGAGGAAGUUCCUCCUCCCCAAGAGGCAUCACCUUAA